GCGUAAACGAAAACCGCCAGUAGUCAUGUAAGCGAUGGAGGAUGGCCAAGCGAUUUGGCGGAUUGACGUCCAGCUUAUGGCACAACCGCUAAUUUUUACGUAGGAUCUUCACUACCAUCGAAAUCUUCAAUGGCUGAGAAGUCAGACUGGGUCGAAAUUAUUGAGCCCCGCACAGGGGACCCAAUGUAUGCCAACCUCAAAAGUGGCCAGUGUUUAUGGGAACCUCCUGAUGGAGAACGAGUAAGGAAAGCAAAUGACAGCCAAUGGUGGGAAUUGUACGACCAGAAAACACGACGCUACUACUAUUACUGUGCUGGAACACAGACUACAGUUUGGCAUAAACCUAAAGAUUCUGAGAUAAUUCCGCUUGCUAGGCUACAGACUCUGAAAGCAAGGGAAAAGCGUAGGGCAGCUAAAGCUAAAGAAUUGGAAAGAAAGGAAGGAUCAACAAGACGUGAAGGCUCAGAGAGAAGAAGGAGAGAUGGAAGUCUCAGGAAAGAGGGUAGCAGUAGCCAUGGCGAUGGUUCCUCAUCAAGGAGGGAAAGUAGUAGAAGAAAGGAUGGGGUGCCAAGGGAGGGAUCUUCCUCACGUCGGCAUGGAAGCAGUAGGGAGAAGAGAGAAAGAACAAGCUCAAGAGAGGAUAAGAAGAAUGAUGCAGAGGCUUGUGCAAAGGAUGAGGUUUUGGAUGACAAACAGUCAAAUACUGGAGAUGAAACCAUCCUGAAAGCCACCCCUGUUGCAAAUGGAACAGAUCAGGAGCCUGAUGAAGAUGAACCAACUGAACAAGCUGCUGAUGAAAGCUGCAAAGAGGCCAGUGAAGAAGAUUCGGGCGUUGCUGAAAAUGACUUGGAUAAACGGAAAUCACCCGAGCUUCCUCUACCAGAACUCGACAUGCCUGCUCCCAAUGUACCUUGUGGUGAUAGUGGAGAAAGUGGAAAGGGGACUAUUACAGAUGAUGAAGGGCAAUUAACUCCAUCAGGAACUUUGUCACGGCAUACACAUUUAGAUGACUCCUGUGAUGACCACCUGAGUCCCUCUGGAACUAUUGAGCGAGCACGGCAACUGGUGGAAAGUGCAUCCAGAAGUAUUCUAGCCAAUAGCGCUGCACAGAAGUUAGACAGAGACAAUGAUUCUGUAUUUGUUGAUAGCAGAAAGCCCAUUGUCUCUAAUAAAGGACACCAGGACAUUUUAGAUAAUUCUCUGAGCAUUAAACUCAGGGCAGGUGGAAUGCCAGCUACCACAGCGCGCCUUGUAGAGGCCUGUGCACCACCUACACUUAACGAGAGUCAGGUAAGUAUCCGUUCCCUCAGGCAUCAGAGGCAAGUGAGCGACAGUGUGCUGAAAGAUCUGAGAGAUGAUGACGACGAUGAUGAUGAUGAUGACGAGAUGGAAACAAAGUCAGUGGGGGCACCGAGUACUUUGCCGCGCCUUAGUCGACCAUCUUCGAUUGCCUCACCAGUCACUGGCUCGUCGAAACACAAUACCUUGGAACGUUCACAUUCCAUCCCUGGUUCGAAGCCUCCACUCAUACGAGCUCUUGGCGCAUAUGAAGAGUACUUAAGUCAACAUAAGAAAGGUGUCUUCAGACGGAAGAGAAUAUCGUUAGCCAGCAUGAUGUCUUGGUCAAAGGUGCCAAUCAAAAAACCAUUGAUCCUUAUACAAGAUAGGCAGUUAAAAAAGGACGCAAUUGAUACCUUUAAACUGAUUCUUGGCUAUAUGGGCGAUCGAUCCAUCAAAGGGAAAACUCCAGAGAGGCUGGCUCUAGAACUCACCACAAAGGGUUGGAACACUCCUGUAUUACGGGAUGAAAUUUACCUUCAACUUUGUAAACAGACCACUGACAACUUUAGGCUGGAGAGUUUGCGCAGUGGCUGGGAGCUGAUGGCAAUUUGUCUCGCUCUUUUUCCUCCUUCAACUAAGUUUUACUCCUACUUAGAUGGGUAUCUCAAUAAAAACUUGGAGGACAUCGAACGGAAAGAGAUCUCUUUAACAUACUAUAUCAGGCAUUGCUCCGUGAGACUCAAAAGAAUGGCUAGAACUGGUGCCAAGCGCGGCCUCAGGAAACCAAGCAUCGAGGAAAUUCAACAGGCGAAGUCCUCCGUGUUCCACCCAUCCAUGUUUGGUGCCACCCUUGAGGACAUCAUGGAGGCGCAGGCCGAGCGUUUCCCUUCACUUAAACUGCCAUGGAUUUUACCAACCUUGGCUGAGUCGGUGCUAGAGCACCAAGGUGCUUCAACGGAAGGUAUUUUCAGGGUUCCUGGAGACAUCGACGAAGUAAACUCCCAGAAAAUCAGGCUUGACAAAUGGGAGGCUCCCACUGGAAUUACAGAUCCCCAUGUACCUGCGUCACUUCUGAAACUUUGGUUCAGGGAGCUUCACGAACCUCUUAUACCGGAACUGUUUUAUGAAAGGUGCGUUAACAACUGUGAUGACGCUACAGUGGCUGUGGCACUUGCGAUGUCUCUUCCUGAAGUCAACAGACUCGUCCUCUCGUAUCUCAUUAGAUUUUUACAGAUUUUCUCACUCCCUCAUAUGUGCGUUAUAACAAAGAUGGACGUAAAUAACUUGGCCAUGGUUUGGGCGCCAAACUGCCUUCGUUGUCCCUCUGACGAUCCCAAGGAAAUUUUUGAAAAUACGCGAAAAGAGAUGACUUUUAUGAGAACUCUUAUUCGGCAUCUUGACGCAACUUUCAUGGAAGGAGUGCGUUAACACACAAAAACAACAGUUCGUAGUGCCAGUCCUUGACUGUGGGACACCGAGACCAAGAUCACACGUGACAACGAAAAGUCUGACAACUGAAUGAGCCUGCGGCUUUAUUUCGCAACGUUGCUAUGCAACGCAAGGUAUUGGAAUCCGACCUCGCGUCAGGGUGUUCAAUAGCGUCCGUCAAGAAGAAACGGAACUCCUCGAAUGCCCUUACUGAGAUUUACCAGAACUCAUGGCUCGAUUGUUCGACUUGUCAAACUGGUGCUCAGCAUUGAUACGAUUCGUCUGGCUGGGAAGUUUGCGCAUGAAAAUUUUGUUGACUCAAUUGAACUCAAAUUCAAAGGCAGAAAAGGUCAAAAUUUACCUAGGUCCGUUAGCUAAAAAAAUACAACUACAGAAAACAAUAAAACAAAAAUGAAAAGAAAAUAAGAAGGAUCUACAGAACUGCAAACUAAAGAACACACAGCAAGAGGUUAUCUUUCCAUUAAGCAAAUUGAAGUGUCUAAAUUAUAGCAAACGUAAUCUUCUGUUGUUAGUCGAAAACAUCGCGGUAGCUUAUGUGAAGAGGCGAAGUAAGCAUUGUAUAUAUCAAUAAAACUCUAAGUAUUGUAUAAGAUUA